AGGAACAUGUAGUGACAGUACUUUAAAAACAAACAAACUUGCAAGUAAAUCUGUACUGCAGUGUUUUGACAUUUUUGUUUCGUAAAGUAAAACUAAAUAAAGUGUUUCUGAAAUAUUAUUUUUUCACUUUUUGAACGACUUUUAAACCGGAAGGACUGUAAGCGAGCAGAACUGUUACGUAUUAUCCACCAUCAAUACACAUGGCUGGGUUAUAGUGUAUAGCAUUGCUGUCAAUAACAGGACAAAUUUAAAGGGAACUUUUAAACGCCUUUUCAGCCUUGUUUCUUGUAACGCGUUAUUGGAUGCUAGGAUGUACACUUUCACCAAAGUGAAACUAGCUGUUGUCGGUAUAGGACGCCAGUGUGUUGCAAGAAGGACUCUCAAUGCAGCACGAGCAGUGAGCAGAGGGUUCGCGUCCUCAGAGCUCGAGGAGGAAUCCAGCACAUCUGAUAAUGAGCUGUAUGACAUCAUUAUAUCUGGUGGGGGAAUGGUGGGCACCGCGAUGGCAUGUUCACUGGGUCUAGAUCCAAAUCUGUUAGGGAAGAAGAUUCUUUUGCUGGAAGCUGGUAACAAAAAAGUGAUGGACAGGGUGCCAGAGACCUACAGUACAAGGGUCAGCUCCAUCAGCCCAGGUUCAGCAGCACUGCUUAGUGGUCUUGGUGCUUGGGACCACAUUGUCAAUAUGAGAUGCAAACCAUAUAAUAAAAUGCAGGUUUGGGAUGCUUGUUCAGAUGCCCUGAUCACAUUCGAUAAGGAGAAUCUCCUGGACGAGAUGGCAUACAUCGUUGAGAACGACGUCAUUGUGGCCUCCCUCACUAAACAGCUGCAGAGUCUCGCUGACCAUGUGGAAGUGCAGUACCGAACAAAAGUGGUGAAAUACACCUGGCCCAGGCCUUACCACAUCGCCGACUCCAUCCCUUGGGUUCAGGUGACAUUGGCCAAUGGAAAGACUCUCCAUACCAAGCUGCUGAUUGGUGCUGAUGGUCCAAAUUCUAUGGUGCGGAGAGAAGCUGGCAUCCCUACUGUCAAAUGGAACUACGACCAGUCAGCUGUUGUCGCUGUUCUGCAUUUGUCUGAGCCCACAGAAAAUAACGUGGCCUGGCAGAGGUUCCUCCCCACCGGACCCAUUGCAAUGCUUCCUUUGUCAGACACGGCGAGCUCACUGGUCUGGUCCACCACUCAUCAGCAUGCUGAAGAACUUCUACAGCUGGACGAGGAGAGCUUUUUGGAUGCUAUUAACUCUGCAUUUUGGAGUGAUGAAAACCAUUCUGAGCUGGUGGAAACUGCCGGCUCCGUGUUGCGAACUGCUCUUUCUGUCCUGAUGCCUGACAGCGGCUCUGCACGCCAACUCCCACCUAGUGUGUCAGGAAUUGGCCCAAAAAGCAGGGUCAUGUUCCCGCUGGGUAUGGGUCAUGCCACAGAGUACAUCCGCCAUAGAGUGGUUCUCAUUGGAGAUGCUGCACACAGAGUCCAUCCUUUAGCAGGCCAAGGUGCCAAUCUAGGCUUUGGAGAUGUAGCCUUUCUCACACAAGUUCUUAGCCAAGCAGCAUUUAAUGGAAAAGACCUUGGAGCCAUGCAACACCUGCUGGAGUAUGAAACUGAGCGUCAGCGACACAAUCUUCCCAUGAUGGCAGCCAUUGACCUCAUGAAGAGGCUCUAUUCCACCAAUGCGGCACCUAUGGUUCUGCUACGAACCUUUGGCCUUCAGGCAACCAACAUGCUGCCACCUCUUAAAGAGCAGAUCAUGGCCUUUGCAAGCAAGUGAAGACUAAGUUCAAGCUGGUUGUUUGCUGGAUCUCUAAAGUCAAGAUGUUGUGAAGACACUGUCCAUUGAAUGUAAAAGUGUAAAUUAAUAAAUUAUAUUUUAUUCCUCUGUCUACCUAAA